AUGCAGAAGCUUGGAGUUAUUCCAGAGUCACAACAGCAGCGACACCAGGGGCGGACGGGCUUUGAUGGUGGUGGAGAUGGUGGAUUCUGUCUGAACAUACCUCGCGGACUCAGUAGGGGGAUCAACUUACCUCCGUGUCUUCAAGCUUCCCCCCUCUCCUCCCUCUCCCCCCUCUCUCCCUCUCCGACCUCUCCCCCCUCUCCCCAUUCUCCCCCCUCUCUCCCUCUCCCCGCCUACGUAGCCAUUACGACCAUUGGAUGCAAGGUGCAGCGCCUCACCCCAGCGCGCCUCGUGCAGCAGUUCAAGAACAAGCUGGUGGUGGUGCUGGGGGACUCGCCCAUAGGGUGCACGGUGCAGCGAUUAACCCCAGCGCGCCUCGUGCAGCAGUUCAAGAACAAGCUGGUGGUGGUGCUGGGGGACUCGGUCUCUAAGAACCUCGCGGAUUCAAUCAAGUGCACGCUGCAUGCUGCCAAUCCCCGAUCUAUUAAGACGUUCCGCCUUGCCAGCGGAAAAACAGAGCUUGCAGGGACGUGGAUCCCUCGCUACAACAUCCGGUUCGUGUCGGUGUUCUCAACGCACCUCAACAACGCAACUUCCCUGGAGGGCCAACCCAACGCUCAAGACAUCAAGGCGCUGUCGCAACAACCCGAGAGCUUGGAGUCAGUUGGAGGGAGGAGCACGGAUAGGAAUGGAACAGCUGAGGGGAUUGCAAGGAGCGCUAAUACGGCGACCAACUGGUGGUACUCCCCCUCCAACCAGUACUACCUCAAGAACCGCCGAGUGAACCUGACUCGCAGCAAUGCAUACGCCAUCGGUCUCACCACGCUCAGGAACUAUGUCACUCGCUCGGCCCUAGCGGCUGCUCGCGGCUUGAAGGGGUUCAAGGGGAAGGCGGUGCUGCUGGGUGCUUCGCCCUCCCACUACAAUAUACCUGUGCCGGGGGUCAAACCGGGGUUCUGUGAAGUGCAGGAGAUGAUGACGCUGCCGCAGACAGUUGACUUCCGCAGAAGCGAUGUGAAGACCAAUGUGUUCAGAGAGGUGCAGAGGCGGGUGCUGAGGGACUCGGUGAUUCGCUACGUGGACGUGGGGCCAAUGAGUGACUGGCGCCCAGACGGGCACCUGCAGAACUGGAUAGUGUCAAGUGGCUCAACCAAGAAGAAUGACUGCUUGCACUGGUGUGAGGCUGGGGUCACAGAUGCAUGGCUGGAGAUGGUCCAUAAUACACUACUAUUCUGA